AUGGCUGAGGACAACAAGCCCUGGUACCUUCAGAAUGACAGUAUAAUAUUGGAACAUUAUUUGCCUCCUGGUGAUUUGAACAAAACAAAUAUUGAAAAGACCUUCUACCAGAAAUAUUCACGAAGCUUAAAAACCAUGAUUCCCAUCCGCUUAAGAGCAAGGUCUUCCAAGAAUCCAGUGGACAAUGCUGGACUUUUCUCCUUUGCGACCUAUUCUUGGUUUUCCUCUCUAAUGCUCCAAGGAUACCGGCACAAAAUCAAUAUAGCGACGUUGCCUCCCAUCUCUUACUACGACAGUGCCGAACCGAAUGCCAAAAGAUUUCGACUCCUUUGGGAAGCCGAGGUUGCCAAAGUCGGACUUGAGAAAGCUUCUUUAGGCAGAGUGUUCUUUCAGUUUCAAAGGACAAGGAUUUUCAUGGACAUAAUUGCUAAUAUUUUUUAUUCCAUUUUUGGUGUUUUGGGGCCAACCCUGAUCUUUCAUAAUAUUCUCCAGUACACGGACAAAGAUUCGAGGGACUUGCUGGAGGGUAUUGGCCUCUGCAUGGCUCUUUUUUUCACCGAAGUUUCAAAAGUUGUGUUGUGGUCAUUGACGUGGGCUAUCAACUAUCGCACAGCUGUCCGGGGGAAAGUGGCUGUGACAACUAUCGCAUUUGAGAACCUGCUGGCUUGUAAAUCCUUGAAACAUGCGUCUUUAAGCAAGUUGAUUAAUUUCUUAGCCAACGAUGGUUUUCGGAUAUUUGAAGCUGCCUUGUUCGGCCCCAUGCCCAUGUCGGCACCUCUUCUGAUCGUGGUUUGCACCAUCUAUUCCUGUGUCCUCCUUGGCCCGACAGCACUGAUAGGAACAUUCAUUUAUGCUGCGUUUAUACCGUUGCAGAUGUUGAUGGCCAAAUUAACUUCUGUUUUCCGAAGACAGUCUAUUUUGCUGACGGACAAACGUGUGCGAAUCAUGAAUGAGGUUUUGACGUGCAUUAAGAUAAUCAAAAUGUAUGCCUGGGAAACAUCGUUUGCAAAAAUUAUCACAGGCAUCAGGGAAGCAGAAAGAAAAAUACUGGAAAAGGCAGGAUACUUCCAAAGUGUGAACUCUGCUCUUACCCCGGUCGUUUCCACUCUAACCAUCGUUGUGCUGUUUUCCUUCCAUACCCUGUUAAAGCGUGAACUAACAGCUGCUGCUGCCUUCAGUGUGAUUUCAGUAUUUAACACCAUGAGGUUUUCAAUUGCAAUUUUGCCAUUUUCAGUGAAAGCCCUUGCAGAAGCCAGCGUUGCCUUAAAAAGGUUGAAGAAAAUUCUCACCAUGAAAACGCCUUCUGCGUAUGUGACAACCCUGCAGGACUCCAGAAAUGCAGUGGUGUUGAAAGACGUCACCUUAUCUUGGGAAAGUGCUUCUGGUGGACCCCACAGGAAAAGUGGGAAAGGAACACUUCUGAAUGGGAAAAGGGUCUACAAAUCCCCUCCCAGGGUAAAUGUGGUCAUUCCUCACUCACAGAUAUCAAUGGUUGGGAGCGAUAUCGACUGCAGCUUUGUCCUGAGGAAUAUAAGUUUCAUAGUAGAGAAAGGCAAAGUUUUGGGGAUUAGUGGCAAUGUCGGAAGUGGAAAAACCUCAAUCCUUAAAGCAGUAUUAGGACAGAUGUAUCUGUAUCGUGGGAAUGUCGUGGUGAAUGGCACUUUGGCGUAUGUGUCCCAGCAAGCAUGGAUAUUUCAUGGAAGUGUCAGGGAUAACAUUCUGUUUGGAGAAGACUACGAUGAACAAAGGUAUAAUCAUAUCAUCAACAUUUGCAAUCUCAAGAUAGAUAUGGAACGUUUAUCCUAUGGAGAUAUGACUGAAAUAGGAGAAGGGGGCGUGACCCUUUCUGGAGGUCAGAAGCAGAGAAUUAGUUUAGCUCGUGCGGUGUAUGCAAACCGAGAUAUUUAUUUAUUGGACGACCCUUUGUCCGCCGUGGAUGCUCAAGUUGGAAAGUCUAUUUUUGAAGACUGCAUUAAGAAAGCUCUUCAAGAGAAAACCAUACUUCUGGUAUCUCAUCAGCUGCAGUAUCUGCAGUUUUGUGAUCAAAUCAUCUUGAUGGAAGAUGGGGAGAUAUUGGAAAGUGGUACCCACGCGCAGCUGUUGAAAGCCAAGGGCCGUUACGCUCAACUCUUUGAUAACCAGCGCGCGCAAGACGUCAUUCAUUGCACGGAUGAAGAGAAAAUGCGCAGCCGCAGCAGCAUCUGUGCAGAGAGCAAAGGGGGAUAUGACUCAGGCAAUCAGUACCACGUGAAAUACGGCGAUACUUUUCCGCGUGUGCAUUGUUUUGAUAAGCCUGAUGAUACAGAGACUAAGGAAGACCUUGAAGAAGGAAAAAGCAGAAGUUUUGAUAAGCCUGAUGAUACAGAGACUAAGGAAGACCUUGAAGAAGGAAAAAGCAGGAAGCCCUCGUCUGAGCUUUCCGCAACCCCCAGGACUGGCCGAAGUUCCUCCCCAACAGCCUCGCUAUCCGACUCAGCUACCAGCUCUGCUGGCCACCAGAGGGCCACAGCAGAGCCUGAUGAUACAGAGACUAAGAAAGACCUUAAAGAAGGAAGAAGCAGAAGUUUUGAUAAGCCUGAUGAUAUGGAGACUAAGGAAGACCUUGAAGAAGGAAAAAGCAGGAGUUUUGAUAAGCCUGAUGAUACGGAGACUAAGAAGGACCUUGAAGAAGGAAAAAGCAGGAGUUUUGAUAAGCCUGAUGAUAUGGAGACUAAGAAAGACCUUGAAGAAGGAAAAAGCAGGAGUUUUGAUAAGCCUGAUGAUACGGAGACUAAGAAGGACCUUGAAGAAGGAAAAAGCAGGAGUUUUGAUAAGCCCGAUGAUACAGAGACUAAGAAAGACCUUGAAGAAGGAAAAAGCAGGAGUUUUGAUAAGCCCGAUGAUACAGAGACUAAGAAAGACCUUAAAGAAGGAAAAAGCAGAAGUUUUGAUAAGCCUGAUGAUACAGAGACUAAGAAAGACGUUAAAGAAGGAAAAAGCAGGAGUUUUCAUAAGCCUGAUGAUACAGAGACUAAGAAAGAAGGAGAAAGCAGAAGUUUUGAUAAGCCUGAUGAUACAGAGACUAAGAAAGACCUUGAAGAAGGAAAAAGCAGAAGUUUUGAUAAGCCUGAUGAUAUGGAGACUAAGAAAGACGUUAAAGAAGGAAAAAGCAGGAGUUUUGAUAAGCCUGAUGAUACAGAGACUAAGAAAGAUCUUGAAGAAGGAAAAAGCAGAAGUUUUGAUAAGCCUGAUGAUACAGAGACUAAGAAAGAAGGAGAAAGCAGAAGUUUUGAUAAGCCUGAUGAUAUGGAGACUAAGAAAGACCUUAAAGAAAGAACAAGCAGAGCUCCUGAAGAUCAGCUGAUUCAAAAAGAGGUGAAGAUAGAAGGUUGGAUCAAAUGGGAAACCUACCACACUUAUAUCAAGGCAUCUGGAGGUUUCCUAUUGUGGUUUGUCAUCAUUCUUCUCUUUGUUUUGAUGACUGCCAGCUCAGUCUUCAGCAGCUGGUGGUUGAGUUUCUGGCUAAACCAAGGUUCUGGGACCUGUAACCUUCCUCGAAACACAACCUGCAACGAGGGCAGCAUCACCAACAAUCCCAAGCUUCACUUCUACCAGCUGGUCUUCGGGAUGGGUGUGAUUGCCAUGAUUAUCCUGAGUUUCAUCAAAGGUUAUGGUUUCACUAAGUUGACCUUACAAGCUGCCUCCAACCUCCAUAACACCAUGUUUUACAAGAUCUUGAAGAGUCCAAUGAAUUUCUUUGAUACCAAUCCCACCGGCAGAAUCAUAAAUCGUUUCUCUAAGGAUAUGGACGAAGUGGACACGCGAUUGCCGUUUUACCUUGAGAGCUUCCUGCUGCAGUUUUUCGGACUCCUGGCCAUCUUUAUAAUCGUCACCAUUGUCUUUCCUUACCUCCUCAUCAGCAUGGCUGCCCUAACGAUCAUUUUCAUUCUGCUCUUCCACAUUUUUCAGAACACCAUCCAAGACCUCAAACGAAUUGAGAACCUCAGUAGAUCUCUGUGGCUCUGCUUGAUCACUUCUUCAAUCCACGGUCUUAGUACGAUUCGUGCCUUCAACAAGACAGAGGACUACAUAAAACAUUUUAGGAUCUUGAAUAACGAAAACUCAAACCAUUUCCUUAUGUUUAACUAUGCACUACGAUGGUUUGCAUUGAGGACAGAUAUUCUCAUGAGCUUCAUGACGUUGAUUGUAGCCCUGUGUGUGGUCCUCAGCCAUUCUUCUAUCAGUACUUCAGAAAAAGGCUUGGCUCUAUCUUAUUCUCUCCAGCUAAGUGGACUUCUUCAAGUAUGCGUGAGAUCAUGCAUCGAAGUUCAAGCCAGAUUUACUUCAGUGGAGCAGAUAACAGAAUACAUUGUGAAAUGCACUCCUGAGGGAUCAGAGAUUCCUCCAGUGAUCACCCCUCCUCCAGGCUGGCCCGAUCAGGGGGAAAUCAUUUUUAAGAACUAUCAGAUGAAAUACCGAGAAAAUAGUCCCAUUGUACUCCAUGACAUCAAUAUCCACAUUCAUGCUAAAGAAAAAAUUGGGAUCAUUGGCCGGACAGGUUCAGGAAAGUCCUCUUUAGGGGCUGCUCUGUUUCGACUCGUGGAACCAACAUCUGGCACGAUCAUCAUCGAUGGCAUCGACUACUGCAAUAUUAGCCUGAAAUCCUUACGUUCAAAGCUGUCCAUCAUUCCACAAGAUCCUGUUCUGUUUGUAGGUACAAUAAGGUACAACUUAGAUCCUCUUCUUAACCACACUGACCAUCAAAUUUGGCAAGUUCUGAACCAAACCUUUAUGACGAGCAAGAUUUCCAAACUACCAGGAAAACUGGAGGCAGAAGUGGACGAAAAUGGGGAAAAUUUUUCAGUGGGGGAACGACAGCUGCUCUGUUUGGCGAGAGCCCUCCUGCGAAACUCAAAAAUUAUCCUUCUCGACGAAGCCACCGCUUCAAUUGAUUCUGAGACAGAUAUGCAGAUCCAGAAGGCCAACCAAGAAGCAUUUGUAAACUGCACAGUCUUGACAAUAGCGCAUCGCCUAAACACCAUCAAAGAGUGCGACCGUAUUUUGGUGAUGGAUAAAGGCAAGGUGGUUACGUUUGGCAAGCCGAAAGAGAUAUUCAAACACCCCAGUUUUCAUUGGCCCGACGCUUAG